GAUGCUUCAUGUUUCCUGAAGUGUAGAAACAGGAAGUUUGUUGUUUCUUUGUCAAAGUGACUGAAUGGAAAUGUUGCUGCUGCAGCUCCAUGUCUCCACCUGGUGGAGGGAGAGCAGAAGUGCAGCAGCUGAUGGCAGCUUCCUCUGCCUCCCACUGCUGUCUGACUGCAUUCACCUGAACCUGAGAGGAAACACAAGAGAAGAGCCAAUCAGUGGAGGAGCAGCUGAUCUGUUGGUGAAGGAGGAUCAGAGCUGAUGAUGAGGAGGGUUUCCUCUGCAGGUGAAGGUGGAAGGUGUGUGUGAGCUGAUGUAGAUCCAGUGAAUCCAGCAGCAUGGAUCAGUGGGAGGAGCCACAGGAGGGAGCCCCGCCCUCUAAAAGCAGAGAUGGUAACCAUGACAACCAGAGCAAAGCUCAGAGGAACCAACCUGGACCUGGAUCUGGAUCUGAAUCCAGCUGGGGGUCCAACAGGAGUGACAGAUUAAAGGAUUUACCAAUAAACUUCAAGGACAUCAGUUCAGGAGUGGAACAUGUCCACAGAGAGAAGAAGAGGAGUGGACCCCAGUCUGCAGAAAGACCCAGAGCUGCAGAUGUUGGUCUGCAGGAGAUGUUUGGAGAACAUCAGAUCAGUCUGAGGAGCAGAAGUGAACAUGUGGCUGAAGGAACUGAAGAAGCAGGAAGAGAAAUGCCCCUCAACAGGGUCUACACUGAGCUCUACAUCACAGAGAGACUAAGACCAGAGGGUCACACCCAACAUGAGGUGAUGCAGCUGGAGACAACCACCAAGACCAACAAGCUCCAUGACACUGCAAUCAAGAACCCAGACAUCUUCAAAGUCCUCCCUGACCAACACAGAUCCAUCAGAGGGGUUCUGACCAGCGGAGUUGCUGGAGCUGGAAAAAGCUUCUCAGUGCAGAAGUUCACUCUGGACUGGGCCGAUGGCUUGGAGAACCAAGACAUCAGUGCUGUGGUUCCUCUGUCCUUCAGGGAGAUGAACUUGAUCAGAGAUGAGCAGCACAGUCUUCUCACUCUGAUCCAGCUGUUCCAUCCAACACUCCAGAAGAUCCCAGCAGAACAGCUGUCUGUCUGCAAACUUCUGUUCAUCUUUGAUGGUCUGGAUGAAAGCAGACUUUCUCUGGACUUCAACAACAGUCCGGUGGUGUCUGAUGUCACACACAAGUCCUCAGUCAACGUGCUGCUCACUAACCUCAUCCAGGGACAUCUGCUGCCCUCAGCUCUGGUCUGGAUCACUUCCAGACCUGCAGCAGCCAAUCAGAUCCCUCCUUCAUGUGUGGACAGACUGACAGAAGUACGAGGCUUCAAUGAUGCUCAGAAGGAGGAGUACUUCAGGAGGAGGUUCCCAGAUAAAGAGCUAUCCAGCAGAAUCAUCUCCCACAUCAAGGGCUCCAUGUCCCUCUACAUCAUGUGUGAAGUUCCAGUCUUCUGCUGGAUCACUGCUGUGGUUCUGGAGAACCUGCUGACCACAGAGCAGAGAGGAGAGCUGCCCACCACCCUGACUGACAUGUACUCCCACUUCCUGAUGGUCCAGACAAAGAGGAAGAAGAACAAGUACCAGCAGGAACAUCAGACAAGUCCACAAGAGCUGACAGAGACUGACAGGGAAGUUCUUCUGAAGCUGGGGAGGCUGGCAUUUGAACAUCUGGAGAAAGGAAACAUCAUGUUCUACCAAGAAGACCUGCAGCAGUGUGGUCUGGAUGUCACAGAGGCCUCAGUGUACUCUGGAGUUUGUACUGAGAUCUUCAGAAGAGAGUGUGGGAUCUUCCAGAAACCGGUCUACAGCUUUGUUCAUCUGAGCGUUCAGGAGUUUCUGGCUGCAGUCUACAUGUUCCACUGUUACUCCAACAGGAAGGUAAAGGUCAUUGAGGACUUACUGAAGAAGAACAUGGAGAACAAAUCCCUGGAUGAGUUUCUGAGGCGAGUCAUGAAGAAAUCCCUGCAGAGUCAAAAUGGACACCUGGACCUGCUGGUUCGCUUCCUUCAUGGCCUCUCUGUGGAGUCCAACCAGAGACUCUUAGGAAGCCUGCUGGGUCAGACAGAGAAGAAUCCAGAAACCAUCCAGAGAACCAUCAAAAACCUGAAGGAGAUCAUUCUUGGAGGAGUCUCUCCUGACAGAAGCAUCAACAUCUAUCACUGUCUGAUGGAGAUGAAGGACCUCUCAGUUUAUCAGGAGAUCCAAGAGUUCCUGAAGUCAGAGAAUAAAUCAGAGAAGAGACUCUCAGAGAUCCACUGUUCAGCUCUGGCCUACACUCUGCAGAUGUCAGAGGAGGUUCUGGAUGAGCUGAACCUGGACCAGUACAAGACAUCAGCUGAGGGUAAAUGGAGACUGAUCCCAGCUGUGAGGAACUGCAGAAAGUUCAGGCUUAUAGGAUGUGGACUUUCAGAGACUCACUAUGAAAUUGUGGUCUCAGCUCUGAAGUCCAACCCGUCCUACCUGAUGGAACUGGACCUGAGCAACAAAAGCCUGGAGGAUUCAUCACUAAAGAUUCUGUGUUCUGGACUGGAGAGUCCAAACUGCAGACUGCAGACUCUGAGGUUGGUGAGAUGCAGUUUGUCAGCGUUCAGCUGUGAAAUUCUAGUCUCAGCUCUGAAUAAAAACCCGUCCAAUCUGAUAGAACUGGACCUGAGCUACAACUUGGACCUGGAGGAUUUAGGAGUUCUUGAUCUGUGUGGUUUUCUGGAGAGUCCAGACUGCAGACUUCAGACUCUGAACUUGGCGAGAUGCAGUUUGUCAGAGAUAAGCUGUGACGCUCUGGUCUCAGCUCUGAAUAAAAACCCGUCCAAUCUGACAGUACUGGACCUGAACGGGAACGAGAACCUGCAGGAUUCAGGAGUUCUUCAUCUGUGUGGUUUUCUGGAGAAUCCAGACUGCAGACUGCAGACUCUGAGGUUGUGGAGAUGCAGUUUGUCAAAGACCAGCUGUGCUUCUUUGGUCUCAGCUCUGAAGUCCAACCCGUCCCACCUGACAGAACUGGACCUAAGAGGGAACAACCUUCAGUCUUCAGAUGUUCAGCAGCUCCAGGAUCUGGUGGAGAGUCCAAACUCCAAACUGCAGACUCUGAGCUGGGAGGACUAAAGAGUCUGAUGUUCCUCCUGGAGGAGCAGAGAGGAGCAGCAGCAGCAGCUGGUCUGCAGAGAUGUUGUGACUGGACGGUGUUCCUGGGAGGUGGAGAGCAGAGUGAUGGAGGAAUCAGAGAAAGUGGAGAUGAGUGUCAGAGCUGCAGCAGGAACUGAUCUGAGAUCAGCUCCACUGUCUCUCUCAGUAUCAAGUGGACAGUUAUUGUGCUGCAGCUC